UAAAAAAUCAGCAUUGAGUAGUCUACGUAUCACUACUAAGCAACCACAAACUUUCAGCAAAGCUUAAGGCGAACUUCUGGGCCAAUUUGCAUGCCACAUCCCUCUAUAAAUGUUCUCUUUCACUACGUGUUCUCUCCAUCUAUCCUCUGCGCCAUUGAAUUAGUACUUGAAAAUCAUCACAGCAGAGGAAAGAAACAAAAACAAAGGUUUAAGUUAAUAGCUUUAUAAGAUCACUAAGAUGGGUGGAAGAAAGUGGAGCCUCUUGGUGGCCAUCUUUAUCUUACUUAUUGCUAUGGAUGCUGCCAUAGCUCAAGGUCAAGGAAAUGGCAAUGGCAAUGGUAAUGGUAAUGGUAAUGGUAAUGGAAAUGGUAAUGGCAAUGGCAAAGGCAAGGGUGAUGAUAAUGGAAAGGGUAAGGGAAAAGAGAAGAAGGAGAAGGAGAAGGAGAAGAAGGAAAAAAAGGAAAAAGAGAAAAAGGCAAAAAAGCAAAGUGAUGAAGCAUCAAAUUAUGACCACUUGUCAACUUUGCCAUCGGGUCAAGAACGAGGGUUCUGCAGAGCAAACACAACCUGUGAGUUUAAGACCAUCGUGUGUCCACCCGAGUGCGCAGAGAGGAAGCCCAAGAAGAACAAGAAGCAGAAGGCAUGUUUCAUUAAUUGCAGCAGUAGCACAUGUGAAGCCACUUGCAAGGUUAGAAAGGCUAAAUGUGAUGGGUAUGGUUCUCUGUGUUAUGAUCCUCGCUUUGUGGGUGGUGACGGUGUGAUGUUCUACUUCCACGGUGCCAAGGGAGGAAAUUUUGCCAUUGUUUCUGAUGUUGAGUUCCAAAUCAAUGCUCACUUCAUUGGUACACGACCACAAGGAAGGACUCGUGACUACACAUGGGUGCAAGCACUUUCUGUCAUGUUCGACACACACACUCUUGUUAUUGCAGCCAAUAGAGUCUCUCAUUGGGAUGAAAGCGUUGACUCUCUCACAAUAAAAUGGAAUGGUGAACUUAUCAACGUUCCUACCGAUGGAGAGGCUGAAUGGAGGGCCAAUGGUGAUGAAAGAGAAGUGGUUGUGGAGAGAACCGAUGAGGCAAACAGUGUGAGAGUGACAAUUUCAGGUUUGGUUGAGAUGGACAUUAGUGUGAAGCCUAUUGGAGAGCAUGAAAACAAGGUUCACAAUUACCAGUUGCCAUCAGAUGAUGUUUUUGCUCAUUUGGAGACUCAGUUCAGGUUUAAGAAAAGUACCGAUAAUUUUGAAGGAGUGUUGGGUCAGACUUACAGGCCAGGGUAUGUUAGCCCUGUGAAGAGAGGGGUUCCUAUGCCAAUGAUGGGUGGGGAGGACAAGUACCACACUCUCUCUCUCUUUUCAACAUCUUGCGACCUAUGUAAGUUCCAGAGGCCAUCUGGGGUAGCAAGCACCGAAGGACUAGUUGCUCAGUAUUGAUAUCAUUUAUCAUGAAAUAUAAGACUUCUUAGUGAUCAAAUUAUUGUUGACAUCUUGCAUUUUGGUUUCUUUGUGUUGUAUCCAGACAAAUAAGGGCCUAAAUUGUUGCCCAUGAUCAUCAUUUCCUUAAAAAGUUAUGGUGAUUAAUGCGUAUUAAAGAUAUGAAUCAUUUUUUAGUCUUUCAAUC